CAUUACAGGCGAUCCGUUCGGUUACCGUCGAUUCUCGAUUCGAACAGUCGGGUUUUUCGCUUUUCGCCAUUCGGUCCCACAUCUACACGCCGCGCGAAGAAAAUAAUCUGUUGCAGUUUCAGGCGUAAAGCGCCUUUUCUGUGCUUAUCUGCUUCCCUGUCCUCCGCCCCGGCGCCGUCGUUUGCCCCGUAAGGGACCGGGACAAUCCUAAUUUUCUUGCUGUCCAUGAAGAGGAGUUGAAAACUGAAGAAUAGAAUUGCUUGAUAUGGACUCAAAUAGCCAAGCAUCACUUGCUAGUCUCCCUGCUCUUUCCUAUUUUUCUGAUCUUGAUCAAGCUAUUGCUUCUUAUUGCGGUAGUACUGUCAUGCGGGAAAAGGAAAUGGAUGGGCAGAGUCAGGAAGAAGGUUCCGUUUUUAUUUUUGUGUAAUGGAAGAACAAAACCACAAUGUUAUCUAUACUGUGUUUUCAGGCUUCCUGCUUGAAGAAUGGAUGUUCUUGCAAAAAUCAGCCUGGCACGAAGAUUCUUAUUUGAUUUUGGAAUGAAGCUUCUCUAUGGAGUUCAUGAGGUAAUCUCUGGUAGACUGUUGAAUUUGGAAGAAGCUGCUAUUGGUGGUAGGUUUCCCACUCAUGGAAGUGUUCUAAUGCUAUUAGUUCAAAUUUAGUACAUGCUGGGUGAAGAUCUAAGCAUAAGAAGAAACAAGCAUAUGCCACACAACUAUAUUGUUGAUAUUGAAGAUCCAUGCUUAGAUACAGAUGUAGAAGGUAUUCAGGUGCAUUAAGCACUGCUCCUUGGGGUUUUUUUUUAAAAUAAUAUCAAGAAAGACAUGAUUGAUAUACCUUUCAGGAAAGAAAUGGUGGGUAUGCUGCAUGCCAUUUCAACACCAUUCUUAGAAGCCUUGGUUUGUCUUGCUUGCUUCUGUUUGGCAUGUAAAAUUGUCAAAUUGAAUGAAUCAACAAGAUAUUAAGUUGUUUUCCUUCCCUCCAUGAUUUUUAGUGGUUGCUUCAAUUUGCCAAAAUGAGACAUUCACUUUUGGCGUCCAUCUAACUAGGGUACUUUCACGCCGUAGUUUGACAGCAUCCACCAUAAUCUACUGGGAGCACAUGCCCAUAGUUCAUCCUAGUUAAAUGGGUUCAAGCUGUUUCUCAUAUUCUGUUUUUCAAGUUAUUUUUUCAGGUGAGGUUCAAGAUUUACAAUGAUUCUUUACCUCUUCUGGAGAGUUCUUUUAGACAGGCCAUUGAGUAUGAUUAUCAAAAGGGUACCAAGUUCAGUCAAGAACUCAACAAGAAGCAAGUGAGAAGAAUCUGUGGAAUUUAAUCUUUUCCAUUAAUUUAUUUGUUCAUACUUCUCUUUUAUUGAGUAGCAUGUGUUAAUAUGGUGC